AUGGAUCCGCGAUUCUCGGUGAGCCGCGAGGAAGUGAACGGUAUCCAUAUGGAUCUGAAACACCUCCAGCACGCGCAUAACAACCACGCCGAGAGGAUCUUGCGCCUCGAACGACGUCAAGCAGACGAUGCUGCCAUCAAGGCUGCGUGGUCCCCGUUCCCUGGCGUCCUAGCUACCACACCCCAGCACGGUAAGGUCUUGCACGUCCACCCUAGGCCUCAGCUCGUCGCUAACAAAGUACUUUGGACAGGGCCUGUGGCGAUGGCUCCGAAUGACGAUGACCUCGACGAGUUUGGAACUCAUUUGAUGAACUCGCUUCAUCUGCCCCCUGCAGAAGAGGAACCCGUGAGACGAGGAGCUACUUCUCGCGCCAACAGCGUCCGGUUCGACGAGAGUGCUUUGCACGGGUCUAGCUGGGGCGGACAGAACACGCGGCAUUCAGGCGAGUUUGUGCGACCGGGUAGCGGCCUCUUGAUGGAGCGCUCCUUCUCGCACAAGUCUGACGGCCGACAUAGCUCGGCGGGGCACAGCGUGCAUUCACUGCAUUCGGCGCCCUCGGUCGGACGUGCUAGCAGCGUCGGUGGAGAUGCGGAGUCGCCCCUGAGCAUACCUGAGCCGCCACCGGGGUUGUUUGCUCUGGGCUCCGUGCCCUCCAUCAUCCGUUGCUGGCUUACAACCAAGUUUGUCCAUGACGCGCUGCUCUACGCCGACGUCUGCACCGGGUCCCGCCGGUCCACUGUGGAGCUUUCGCUCAUCAGAGACCUAGACCUCCUCGGGGACGUAGAGACGGACUUCGAUGGAACUGCCCGCAUCACCCUGCCCGUGUACCUCGCGGAGGCCAUUGUCUCGCAACAAGCGACUCGCUCGCAGAGCCCCUCGCACGAGAUCCACAUCCCCAGCAUGACGGUGACGUUUGACAUUAUUGGCAAAGGACUCCCCGACUCGCCAGACAUCAAGAAGGCAAUUCGCAUCUUCAUCGGCAGCGACGCUCUAAGAGCCCAUUCCGCCGAUGUUUUGCUAUCACGGAAUCAGAUUGUGCUCUACGGAGACGACAGGAGCAAACUGACCGUCCCAUUUGUCCGGCCAGAGGACGAGAAUGUGUUUAAGCACAUCUGCACGGUCAACAUUCACCCGGAGAAGUUGAGGCUUAAUGCCGCCGCUGCGCCAUUUAUCUCGGGUGAUCAAAAGGCGACUCCGCACGAUGACGCGAGAAAUAUAGAUGUACCCAACGCUGCGGGAGACUCGCGCAAUGACGCCGACGCCGACGCCGACUUGAACCACCACCCCGCGAACGGUGGCGACGGGCAAGAGGACGAUGACGACGACGAUGGUGAGGAUGUCGACGACCUGGGUGCCGAUGUCGAUUCGGAGAAGGGCGCGGCUAAAAAGCUUAAUGGAAUGGAUGUCAACGGGCGAGACGUGAGCACGGGCAACGGCAGUGAUGCGCAGGCGAGUGACUCUCGGCGGGACACUGGUUCAGGCAUCUGGGGAUCCUGGCGACAGGGAGCAACCAACGGAAGCGAGGCUGGGCAGCGAGAAGGCGGGCCUUUGAGCGGAUACCAGCCCGCGGGGACACGAGGCCGCAACAUGAAGGUGCUCAAGCCGCUCAAGUCGAACUCAUCGUCGGCUCGUACGGGUGCAUCGUAUGAACCCGCGCCGCCCCCGCGAAGCAGCGGUGAGCAGCGGCGUAAGAGUCAGCAGGGACCCUCGAUAUUGACGGGAUCGGGCGACACGGGUGGAAGCGGCAUCGGCAGCUCGGGCGGCAGCACGAUUCGUUGGGAGACGAAACGAGCGGCCAGCAUUGCGAGCUCAGGCGAUGCCAAGUCGCCGGUAACACCGCUUGCUCAACCUGGACAGCAGUCACGGGAUGCGCGGGGAUCCCAAACCCUUCCGCGGUCGGCGAACCCUAUCGGAGGAGCAUCGGCGUUCUCGUGGAUGAAGAAGCCCGGCACCGAGUAG